AUGGUUCUUAUAGCACAUUAUGUUGAUGAACACUGGGUGUUGCAGAAGAAAGUUUUGAGUUUUUGUCAUGUGCCACCUCCACGUGGUGGUGUUAUAUUGGCAGAGAGGUUGUUAGGUUUGCUAAAAGAGUGGGGCAUUAAGAAAAGGGUAUUCACCAUUACUUUAGAUAAGGUUUCAUAUAAUGAUACUUUGGUGAGUCAUUUAAAGAGACACCCUUCUUUUAGACCUUAUUUACCUUAUGGUGGUGAGUUCUUUCACGUGCGUUGUGGUGUACACAUAUUAAACCUUAUCGUACAAGAUGGAUUAAAAGCUAUAAAUGAGGUUAUGUAUAAUUUACGUGAAAGUGUUAAAUAUGUGAGAGGUUCGGAUCAUAGGAAGUUGAGGAUUGAUAUAUACUUUCUUAAUUGCCCUUCAGAGGAGGAAUGGGAAAGGGUGGAGAAGAUAGCAAGGGUUUUGGAACCAUUUUAUGAUAUCACCAAGCUUUUCUCUGGGACAAACUACCCCACAGCCAACUUGUAUUUCCAUUGUGUUUGGAAGAUUCAGUUGCGUAUUAUGGAACAGUUGGAAGAUGAUGAUGCGAUAAUUAGAGCAAUGGCAAAAGAAAUGAAAGAAAAGUUUGAUAAAUACUGGGAGUAUUACAGUUCUGUGUUAUCAUUUGCUGUCAUUUUGGAUCCUAGAUACAAGUUGCAAUGUGUAGAAUUUUGUUAUAGCAAGUUGUAUAAGCAGGAAGCAAUAUCUAUGGCAGCGAAUCUUCGUGAUACAUUGUAUGGCAUCUUUGAGGAAUAUAAGAAUUCUACUAGUGAUAUCUGCAAUAUGGUUGAAGUAGCAUCCAGUAGUGGUGGAGUGCAUGGUCAUUAUGUUAGGAAUGAUAAUUUCUCUGGUUUUGAGACAUAUAAGAGUCAACUUAUUGGUUCAGAUUCAAGCAAGUCACAAUUGGAUUUAUACUUGGAAGAGGCUCGAUUUGACCAUAAGUUGCACGAGGAUUUGAAUGUUAUGGGGUAUUGGAAGUCUCAUAGUAAUCGUUUCCUAGAACUUUCCUUGAUGGCAUGUGAUAUUUUGAGCAUUCCCAUUACUACUGUUGUCUAGGAGUCUG